AUGCCGGACUUAAUGAAUAAAAACAUAUUAACAUUGCGUGGAGGGGGCUGUGGAUCUUCUUAAAUAAUGCCAACAAAUCCAAGUCUAAAAGACAAAGAUUAAGAUAUUGAAAAUUUCAUCACUAAAUUCGAUUUUUAUGUUGAAAAAAUUUGUGCAAAAGCCGCUGUUGCUGCUAAUUAAUCAGAAUCGUAAGAAAUAAUGAUAGCCAUAUAAUGGUUCAUUUUUUAAGAGGAAAAUAUCUACAAACUCAACAAAAAUGCUGAAAAGGUCAAAAAAUCAUAUAACUUGAUCGAAGGAAUCCGAAAAUUAUUGAAAAGCUGUUUAAUUUAUGUCCGAACAGAUCCCUUUAAAUGUUUUUAUAUCUUAAAGACAACAGCAUCACUAUCAAAAAUCAUAUUUAGCUUCCAUAUUAUAAAUGAUAAGAGAUUUAUGAAAUGUGAUUUAUAAAAAGAAUUUCUGGAUAUUUCUGAUGAAUUAAAAUAAUAAAUGGAAAUAGAAAAGAAUGACUUGAUUCAAAUUUAAAUGGAACUUUAUCUUUUUUUAACAAAAACCUCUUUCGAGUUUGCUCCAAACAAUAGUACCGAAAGGUAAGAUAUUAUCAAAGGAUGUUUAGGGGGUGUAAUUGA